UGCAACAUCUCGUAUGCGGUGAGGAACGCUUUGUGAUCGAUAUGUCCACGUGACCUGUCGUAGUGUCGAAAUUUCUCAACUGGAUUCAACAGUCCAAACGUCGUGUAAUUGCGAAUGCAAAAUGUUGAGAUAUUUGUGUUGCCUUAAAAAUAUUAUUCUUUGUGGUUAAGUUUCUGUGUUUGUUAAAAUGCCUGCAUCAAUCGGUGUUAACUUGCGCGUCACUGGCCACUGCAGCCAAGGCGGGAGAAAAUAUAUGGAAGACUUGUUUUCUGUAGCGUAUCAACAAACUGAGGAUGAAAGGGACUUGGAAUACGCCUUUUUCGGUAUAUACGACGGUCACGGUGGAGGAGAAGCUGCUGCCUUUGCCAAGGAACACUUGAUGGGUUCUAUUGUCAAACAGAGGCAGUUUUGGUCGGAUAAUGAUGAGGACGUCCUGAAAGCCAUUCGCAAUGGUUACAUGUUGACCCAUUUGAAUAUGUGGAAAGAAGUAGAAAAAUGGCCAAAAACUGUAACGGGAUUGCCAAGUACAGCGGGAACUACAGCCAGCGUAGCGUUUAUAAGAAGAGGAAAAAUUUACAUUGGCCAUGUUGGAGACUCUGCUAUUGUGCUCGGUUAUCAAAAAGAUGGGUGUGAUGAAUGGGCGGCUAAACCUCUCACUUUGGAUCACAAACCAGAGUCGGCACCGGAAAUUGAUCGUAUACAAAAGUGCGGUGGGAAAGUUGUGGCCAAAGCUGGAGUCCCAAGGGUUGUUUGGAACCGACCGAGGCUAGAGCACAAGGGACCGAUAAAAAAGAAUGCCCCCAUAGAUGAAAUACCCUUCCUGGCUGUCGCACGAUCACUCGGCGAUCUCUGGAGCUACAACCCACAGAAUGAUGAGUUCAUCGUCAGCCCUGAUCCAGAUGUUGGAGUGUUGACUAUUGAUCCUACCAAGUUUAGGUGUCUUAUUUUUGGCACCGAUGGAUUAUGGAAUAUGAUAUCUCCAGAAAGCGCUGUAAAUUUGGUUCAAGCAACUGAAAAGCACAAUGAAGCAGCAUUAGUAGGAGGAAAUGCCAACCAGCCUAGGGACUGGUUAAAUCCAUCCAAAAGCCUAGUUGAUCAUGCUUUAGAAAGGUGGUCAAAUACUAGAAUGAGAGCAGAUAACACUUCUGUCGUGACACUAAUGUUAGACCCACCUGGACCACCGAGAGCCACUGUGCUCCUCUCCAGGUCUAGUGCUCAAAAACCUCAGCCCACUACGGUCCCACCUACAGUUCCAGUAACAAUAGGAGUUCCCGAUGCCCCAUCUAAAUCAGAAGACCCCAAAACGGAUGUUACUACUGAAUCAGAACCAGAAACUCGCCCUGUGCCUCAGAAUGGCUUAACAAUAAUGACUCGGUACUCUGACGUCGAUAAGCCCUCACCACCCACAGAGGAGAGUCCAAAGACACCUCUACCUCCGUGCGCGACUUUAGAUGGCAGGUUCUCCGUCGGUCAUCGCGAUGAGUCGCCCAAGGCGGACGAUAACACCACCGACCAGGAAGUCAUCAGCAACUACGGCAAUCCGGCAGAGUCAUAUUUCAUGGUCAGACUGUUGAACCGAUCGCGAAUCGUCAACACGCUCUCCGACGUGUACGAGGAGAUCGUGAACGGGCAAACGGCCCCCGCAGCCCGCGAGCCCUCGCCGUCGCCCACCACCGCGCUAUCGGACGCCGCGCUCGCCGACCCCGUCGCGCCACCCGCCGACGUCUCGACGGACGAGACCAGCAUACAGAUCAACGAGGUCUCCUCCAGCUCGCCCACCGAGGCGCCGCCGCGGCCUCGCGCCAGAAAGGUGAAGACUGAAACUAAACGUGACACCCCUGUGGUGGCCUCCAAUGACCGCGUGCUCCGGUCGCACCACGAGGUGGAGACGCCGAGUCGGCCGCGCACGCGCCUGGCCGCAGGCCGCGCGCGCCCCGCCGAGCCUGCGCCCGUCGAGCGCGUCGUUAUCCUCACGCGAAGGACGCCCGCCGCGCCGCCGCGGGCCGACCGCCCGCCCGACGAGGAUCGCCGCGUCAUGCGCUCGCAGAACAACAACGGACCCACGACGCGCGCCGCCGACGUGCGCGGGGCGGGAAACUGUUAUGGCGCCCCGGGGACACGGCGGGCCCCGGCGGCGCGGCGGGAGGCGGCACGGGGCCGCUCCAAGGAGAACAUGGGCGGCGCGCUGCGACGGGUGCGCGCGUGCGCCGUCCGCGCCGAGCCGUCGCCGCCGCGGGGCCGCGCGCGCCGCCCGGGUAGCGCCGAGCCCGAGGUGCACUCCACCACGAGCGAGCGCGCGCUGCGCAGCCGCAACGAGCCCGACGACCGUCCGCCGGCAAAGCGGCCGCGCGCCGCGCCCGCUGCCCCACCGCCCGCCAAGCGCCCCGCCUGGUCGCGCUCGCGGCUGCGGCGCCGCCUGCACAAGUAGCGGCGCCCCGCGCUUUAUGUGUCACGGUUACCUUCGAAAAUAGACGUAGGAAUUAUACUAUAGUACACUAGGCGACGGGAUUUUGAGACGUUCACCUCGUUUGCAGCAUUUGUAUAGUUGGCCUUUGGAGAGAUAUAAUACAUAAUUGUAUAUUGUAUACGCUUUCGUAAUAAUAUGGAACAUACGACCGAGGAUAGGUCUCGCGAGUCGUCGGCUUAAAUAAGCAGGGUUCUCUCGGAGCCCGUAGUCUAGGGUGCUGCUAGUAUAAUGCUCUGUCCGUGCCUUUGAAGCCGCGGAGGACGCGUGCGUCCCCGCGUUUCGAGAUAAUAUAUCCAAAGAUGAGUGCGUCGUAUACGGUUAGGUGUCUGCUGUCGCGCGGUCGGUCCGUCCCGGGGGCGGGCUAGUCCGCCGUAACAAUAGUACAAACGUGUAUAGUGCAUAGAUUACUAUUACAACACGUGGACCAGGCGGUAAGUUAGCCCAAUAAAUAUUUAUUUUGUCUAUAUUUAUAGCACCUCUCGCGUUGCAUUUAACUUUAGGCAGAGUGGAAUGUGAUUCGCGGCGACGGGCCGCUGAGGCUACGCUACGUCGAGGACGUAUUCUAAAUUUAUCCCUAGUAGUAAUAUUACCGACAGUGCUUUUCUCAAGAUACUAGCUUAGGUAAAUAUAAGAUAAAAAAUAUUAUAUUUUUUGUACAGUUGUCAUCAAUUUAGUGUUAAAUUAUUUGUGUAAAGGUUUUUCUAUUCAAAUGUACUAGUUAGUACAUCGGGUUAUUCUUUUAAGAAAGGAAUUAUUUACUUCCUAUGGAGUUUUAUUGUCUGUGAGUGCCGACUGCCACUGGCCUCUGCAACCGAUUGGUGUUGGUUGUUGUUAUGUUCUAUCUAGCAAUUAUAUUCAACUCGUUUCAAUUACUCAUGGUGAUUGUUUUAUUAAAUCAACAUGGUGCUUUUUAUUCUUGUAUUAAGAGAUUAAAUACAUAAACUAUUUAUUUUACACAAAACAAGAAUUGGCAUGAAUUACUCUGAAAUCAUAUUGUUUUA